CAACGCGGCUAAAGGUGGGGUUAAAGCAGCGUGCUCCAUCGCCCGAUCCAGCCAACAGCAACACUUCUUCACAUCAACCUCCGGCGUCGCGACAGAUUUCAACAUUAACACCAAGCUGAAGGCAUUGAGGAUCGUUCUUUAUCGAGAUAUGCUCGUGGUGAUGGUAUAGCUGUGUUUUGGGGUUUUGGUAUAUAGACCUGUCCAGCUGGCUCCGUUUCUCUCUGGUAGAGUGUGAGGUUGAUAAGGCCAGGUCAACAAAACUUUGAAACACGGCGGCUUUUGAACACAUAUACAUAUACCAUUCCACCAUGGCGAAAUCAAAGUCGACGCCUUCGAAGCCGGCUGCUGAUGAGAGUCAGCCCGCUGCCUCGACUCCAGCAGCUAGGGAAGCUGUCCGCAGGCCGGCAGCUGUCGCCGCGAGGAAGUCUUCCCUGCCGGAGCUCUUCUUUGCUGGCGCUAUGGGAGCAGCCGUGAUAGCCCUUGCUGGAGCGUAUUCUUAUGCAUCCCAGCUAACGCUUGCUCCUAUCUACGGCUCAGCUCCUGCUGGAAAAUACCACAACGCCGUCACUUUGAUCGCAGGAGGCGUGGGAUCUCUGGCUCACUCUUUGGUCCAGAAACAUGCCAACCCCAUGGUCACUCUUCCAAUUCUCACAUUCUACAUCCCUACCAUCCAGUUCUUCUUGUUCAAGUUCAGUUAUACUCUCGGGCCGGUUCUGGGACCUAUCAUUACGGAAACACUCACCUUUGCGCCUCUGGUUGCAUUGUCAGUUGUUGUCCCCGGGGUUUUCAUUCAGAAACUGAAUCUGAGCCCGAGAUUGAAGCAGGGCAUGGAGCAAGGAAAUAUCAUAGCUGCAUACGCUCUUUUCAACGCUACCAAGACCAAGCUUGAACAAAACAUGCCCUACUACCUCGGAACAAGUCUUGCAUUGACCAGCAUCGGCCUUCAAUUCAUCAUUGCUGCUGCCCAGGCCAUUCUCUUACCAUCCAAGUGGAUUGUGCUCGCCAUUCCUUCGCUCUUAUUCACGGUUAUGUUCAACCACCAUGUCCCAUUACCUUACAACACGGGUUUACUCAAUGCUUCUCUUAAGGCGGACAAUUAUACUCUACUUCACCGUCAGGAGUCCUUGACCGGAUACUUGUCUGUGCUAGAGAACACGGAUGCCAAGUUCAGGGUGAUGAGAUGCGGUCACAGUCUUUUGGGUGGAGAAUGGCUUCCACACCUAAUGACCAAGGAUGCCAAAGUAUCUGAUCCGGUUUUCACUGUUUUUACUGCGCUUGAGGCCGUCAGGCUUGUCAAAAAAGACUCUCAUAAACCAGAGAAGGCUGACUGGAAGAAGAGCGCGCUAGUCAUUGGACUGGGUAUUGGAACAACUCCUUCGGCCUUUGCAGCCCAUGGGAUCAACACUACUGUUGUGGAAAUUGAUCCAAAUGUGCACCAGAUUGCUAUGGAUUACUUCGAAUUCCCCAAGAAAGUAAACACGGUGAUUGAAAAUGCAGCCACGUUUGUCCAUCGUGCCAGGCAUGAAACCCCAGUUCAGAAAUACGACUAUAUCGUCCAUGAUGUUUUCACUGGAGGUGUGGAGCCCUUGGACCUCUUUACUCAGGAUUUCAUGGAAGGGCUUGACACCUUACUGGAUGACGAGGGUGUCAUUGCUAUCGUAAGUACUAAUAGCCCUAAAUAAUAGGUAUAGCAAAUAACGCUAAUAUAAAAACAGAACUACGCCGGUGAUAUUGCCCUGCCACUUGCUGGCCUGGUGGUUCGGGCUAUCACAUCCACCUUCCCAUCAUGCAGAAUAUUCCGUGACAACAAACCGCUACCUGGCUCGUCAUCUAGAAGAGACCUGACAAACAUGACCAUCUUCUGCAAGAAAACACCUGGUACUAUCAAAUUCAGGAUCCCCCAGCCUGAGGACUACCUCGGAACGUACUCACGAAAGGAAAACUUGAUUCCACGCCUCGAGUUCAGCCCUGGCUCAUUUGCAAGGGAUACUGAGGGUAGGGAGGAUGCGUUGGGACCAAGCGUGCCUAAGGAGCUCGAAUAUUGGCAGUUCCAGGGUGCCAUUGGCCAUUGGCAUGUUAUGCGUGGUGUCCUUCCGGAUACUGUCUGGGAGAAAUGGUGAUUUGCAGCGACUUCAUCAAAGUGCAGUUUAUUCAUUGAUAUCUAUAGCGGUGUAUUUUCUAUAUUAUAUACUCUAGCCUCUUGACGUGAAAAAAUUCGUAACCUCGUGUGCAAAACAGAUGUAUAGUAGUAGAUGGCAUGAAACCACCCAACGCAUGGCUUCCCCAAAUCAGUUCAGGCAAACUCCAGACCCUUCGACAACGAUAUUCUUCUUGAUCCGCCGGAUAUCCUCAUCAUUAAACCCAAUCUCUUUCCUCAUGUACCCUUCCACACCCCCAUACUCAUUGUCCAACCAUUCAAGCGUCCCAAUGAUGGCGGCGGCCUUUGCACUCGUCAUUCUCACCGCUGCAUCGCGAUCCCCGCCAACAGAAGGAUGCUGGAGCAGCUUCUGGAUAAACUCCUCCCGAAGCCCGUCCAGUCCAGCCUGCGUAAGCUCGUACUCUUUACCAAUAACUUCAUUAUCCAACACGCCCGCAAGCCUCAGCACCAGCGCAGCGAACACACCCGUCCUAUCCUUCCCGGCCGUACAGUGGAAUAGCAGCGACUGCGUAGGCUGGUCUCGAAUAUGUUCGAAAACAACCUUAUAUGCAAACUUUGCUCCGCUGACGAGAAUAUCUUUAUACGCACGUAUAAAUCCUGCAGGCCCCUCGUCGGCGGCGU